AUGCCACAUUUGAAGCUUAGAGACGGAGCUGAGCUCUUCUAUAAAGACUGGGGCAAUUCCAAUGGCUCCAUCGUCACAUUUUCCCAUGGCUGGCCUCUGAGCAGUGACAGCUGGGAGAAUCAAAUGUUCUAUUUAGCCGAUCAAGGAUAUCGUGUCAUUGCGCACGAUCGCCGUGGUCAUGGGCGAUCGACACAGACCUGGGACGGAAACAACAUGGAUACCUUUGUCGAUGAUCUCGAGGAGCUGUUUUCAUACCUCCGGGUUAAAGAUGCAGUGAUGGUUGGCCACUCUCAUGGGGGUGGAGAAGUCGCACAUUACCUUGGAAAGCACGGCACAGGCCGAUUCAAGAAAGCCGUUCUGGUCGGAGCUGUGCCACCUCUAAUGUUGAAGACCAGUUCCAACCCCGAGGGAACAGAGAAAUCUGUAUUUGAUACGUUUCGACAGGCCAUGCGAAAGGAUCGCGCGCAGUUCUUUUUGGAUGUCCCCAGUGGGCCUUUCUUUGGUUUUAACCGAGCUGGUGCAGAGAAAAGUGAAGGACAGAUUCGUAGCUGGUGGCAGCAGGGGAUGAACACCAGUUUCAAGUCUGCGUAUGACUCGAUUAAGGACUUUUCGGAAACAGACUUCACAGAGGACCUGAAGAAGAUCAAUAUUCCCGUAUUGGUUCUUCAUGGCGAUGAUGAUCAGGUUGUUCCCAUUGAGGCUGCUGGAUUGAAGUCAUCGAAACUUCUACCCCAAGGAAAGCUGAGGAUUUACAAAGGCGGAUCUCACGCUAUUCACAACAUUAAUGUUGAGGAAGUCAACAAAGAUCUGCUUGACUUCAUCAAAUCUUGA